AUGGAUCCCCAUGGCACCUCAUCAGACGCUGCACUUAAUGAGUCGUCGCCAUUACUCCCUACCACAGAGAACAGACCCAAAGGAACACGAUCAGUUACCUUCAGCGACAACCCUGUUACAAAAACCUUUGAACCUACUCGUCAACAAUUUCAACAUCGAUCCCCCGGGCACCAUGCUGCUGGCUCCGUCACCGGCGCCGCUGGCGGCCCUCCCAUGCUCACAGCUCUCAACAAUAAGCUCAGGAGACGGAACAGCCAAGGUUCCGUACCUGCAGUUGCCAAUCUAUCUUUUGGACCCAAAAUCGGACCUCAACGCAGUACGAAAAAGACGGAAAAGCUGAAGCUGCUUCCCAACACCGACCUGGACGACCCUGAGGACGAGGAGAGUGGUAGAGAUGUCUAUUCUCAGUACACACGUAUCAAGGAUCCAGCUGCGCGGAGAGAUGCAGCGAAACUAGGAAAAGCGGAUCGAGACCGACUGCCGCGUGUCACGGCAUAUUGCACUGCAAACCGAUACGAGAUGGAAGCCAUGAUGAGAUUUCUAAAGGGAAGAGGAAAAACUCGAGGCGCAAACCCCAAGCUCAUCGACGAAUGCAUAUAUACGCCAUAUAAUUAUACCUCCAAAAACGCGCGCAGUCGCGAUCCAGUUCAGAACUAUGAACGCCGGCAUUCAACUGGAGGUGACGCCAUUGAUGUCGCGCAACAGCGGAGCGACUUAGCUGACUUACCUUUAGAAGAGGCCGGUUCAGAGACUCGUGGCCACAAUGGCCACGCCCAUAACGAUGCUAACGGUAAUGGCUCUCACAUUGACAGCGCAGAUCUGCUGGGCUCGGCAGUAGAAGAUCACGACUCGAUAAGCGAGACCAAUCCCGAUUUUGAUACGCAGGUGCACACACCCGAGGUGUUUCUCUUCGAUUAUGGAGUGGUUGUCAUCUGGGGAAUGACCGAAGCUCAAGAGGCCCGGUUCCUGAAGGAGAUCGCCAAGUUUGAGACAGAGAAGCUUGCCCCAGAUGAUGUCGAGACUGAGUUGUUCAACUUUUACUACACAAAGGAUUAUCAGGCCCGUAUCUAUAAUGACUUUAUCACUCUCCGCGACAAGAACAACUACAUGACGAAAUUAGCUAUUUCUCAUGCACUGGCACAAAGUGUCAAAACUUCACUCUUCGAAGAGCUGAUUGCAUCAACAGUUGACACAUGCAAAGAUAUUCCUACACAAAUAGCCACAACGGGGAAAAUUGCACUUCGGCGAUCACAGAUCAACAUGCAAAUUGGAGAACUUUUCAUCCUUCGCAUCAACAUCCACCUUAACGGCUCGGUACUCGAUACACCCGAGCUCUUUUGGGUAGAGCCCCAACUUGAACCCGUGUACCAAGCCGUGAGGAGUUAUUUAGAGAUGGAUCAGCGCGUUGGACUUCUGACAGAACGUCUCGAUGUCAUAGCAGAUUUGUUGGCUGUGCUAAAAGGAGAGCUCAGCCAUGGCCAUGACGAGAAGCUUGAAUGGAUCGUAAUUGUUCUUAUUGCGGCAGAAAUUCUAGUUGCAGCUGUCAAUAUUGUAGUAGACUUGUAUGUCGGCGAAUGA